AUGAAAUAUAAUGAUAGUUGCAGCGAUGAAAAUCGAUUUAAGCUAGAUAUUUAAUGUUCUGAUAAAAAGUCAGAGUCUUAUUAUUGUGAAAACAGGAGGACAAUUAAUAGAUAAUUAUGUUAAUAAAAAUAAUAGUGUUAUAAUUGUAGUUACGUAUGCACCGUAUUUUACGUUGAAAAAUAAAAUUAUACCUUUCUUCCUGCGGCUGCCAUCCAAGAUAAGGAGGAAUUAUGUUAAGAAUAUUCAAAAUCAUACAGGUAUGAUAAACCAAUUCACUCUUGUUCAGACUUAAAUCAAUAAUCUGUUUGUAAUUAAUCAAUAACUGUAUCGGGAAGAUAAUGUGAAUAUCAUGAAUAGUUGAAUCAUUGUAAUGAAUGCGAUCAAUUAACAUCUAAUGAAAAAAUUUCAGAAUUAAUUAGCUAUUAGUGGAAUCAAAACUGUGUUUUAGGGGCUAAGGGUUGUAUACUGAAAUUAAACUUCUCGAUUUAUGACUUACCGCUAUGA